CCACUUGAGAGUUCCUAAUAUAGACCCGACUGCUUCGUAGAAAAGGGUAACAAACCGAGCAGAAAAGUCACCCCACGGCUAGAAAACAACUUUUUCAUGGCCACACAACAGAAGAAUGGAGCCGCUCUCACAGGUGAAGUGUUGCUUCGGGAUGAAAGUGUGUCAUACACAGGAAAGAAGCAGGACAUGAAGAAACAAGAUGUUGAUGCCACAGUCUACAUGAAUUUCAUGAAAAGUCACUGCUGCUACAACGCCAUUCCGACCAGCUGCAAACUGGUCAUAUUUGAUACCAAACUACAAGUGAAAAAGGCCUUUUUUGCACUGGUGGCAAACGGCUUGAGGGCUGCGCCUUUAUGGGACAGCAAGCUUCAGAGAUUUGUGGGUAUGCUGACUAUCACGGAUUUCAUCAACAUCCUGCAUUGCUAUUACAGAUCUCCUCUGGUUCAGAUGCACGAGCUGGAGAACCACAAGAUCGAAACAUGGCGAGGUGACUCAUUUCAAAACGUCUACCUACAGUCUUCAAACCACUUCCUUAUAAGCAUCUCUCCAGAGGCGAGCCUCUUUGAUGCCAUCUAUUCCUUAUUAAAAUACAAGAUCCACAGGCUGCCAGUCAUCGAUCCAGAGUCGGGGAAUGUGCUGCACAUCCUGACACACAAAAGAAUCCUCAAGUUCCUCCACAUAUUUGGGAAAAAAGUUCCCAAACCCGCGUUCGUCGGAAAGCAGAUCCAGGAGCUCGGGAUCGGAACGUUCAGGAACAUCGCCACAGUUCAGCAAACGGCAACACUUCACGACGCUCUCUCUAUAUUUGUGGAAAGGCGAGUGUCAGCGCUGCCUGUGGUGGAUGAACAAGGGAAAGUGGUGUCACUCUACUCAAGAUUCGACGUCAUUAACCUCGCUGCCCAGAAGACUUACAACAAUCUGGACAUGACGAUGCAGGAGGCGGUCCGCAGGCGCACCUGCUUCUUUGAGGGAGUAUUGAAGUGUUACCCUGAUGAAACUCUGGACACCAUCCUCGAUCGUCUCGUCAAAGCUGAGGUCCAUCGGCUGGUCCUGGUGGACAGGGCUGACGUGGUGAAGGGCAUCAUCUCUCUCUCUGACCUGCUGCAGGCCAUGGUCCUAACCCCCGCAGGUAUUGAAGCCCUUUUGUCCUAGCACCUGGAGAGGGGGGGGGUGGCUGAGCGUCUUAUUCCCUCCUUUACCUUCUGUGUAGGCUCGAACCAUGAGCAAUUUGAACUGCCAGAAAUCAGCUUGUGACUAAAAUGAGAGACCACAGGAGGAGGAAUAAUUCCCUGACUGUGCUGCUGUUGACAUUGUCGUCUGGUCACAAUAAAGGAAGUCAGCUGUCCUUGAUGCUGUCUAUAAUGCAGGCUUUCACAACUGUGGGGUUGGAAUUCAAAUGGGGUCGCCUGACAUUUAUAUUUAUUGAUCAAUAUAAAAAAUAUAUUGAACACAGGCUACUGUGGGUCAAAUGCCAAUACAGGAAACUUGAGGAGUCUGUCUGUCAUCCACUGUGCAGAAAUGUCACCCCAGCCUCUCUUCCUCUGUCCACAAUACUAAACACCAAACAGCCUAAAAAAUUCACUUGAAACACAGUACAAAAAAACAAUCCCAUGAUUCAUUGAGCAAAAAGCUGUGUGUCUGUUUUAGAUGUCUGGGGUCGCCACAGUUUUGUGAAUUCAAAGUGCGACCACGAGGAAUGGGGAACCGCUGCCGUAAUGGCUCGAUUUGAUCAAAUUGAUCAAUAUUUUAAUGUUUACUCAUUACUGUUUUUUUUUUUUUCUGUAUUAAACAUUUGUAUCGAAACGAA